AUGGAAGUCAGAGAGAUCGUAAAGAAUUAUAACAACUACAACAAUAAUGUGGUUUAUAAUAAUAGCAACAAUAACCAUUAUUCAGAAACAUAUUCAUACAAUAAUAAUACUUUUGGAUCUAGCUUAGUUAGCCAGAAUUGGGAUGUUGCAAGUCUUUCAAAAUUUGAAAAAAAUUUUUAUCAAGAACAUUCUAAUGUAAUAACUAGAUCUGAAGUUGAAGUUGAAGAGUUUCGUAAGAAACAUGAGAUGAAAGUUUUUGGUCGCAACAUACCAAAACCUGUUGAAACUUUUGAGGAAGCAAAAUUUCCUGGUUAUGUGUUAAGAGAAAUAUUGGGUCUUGGUUUUCAAGCACCAACACCUAUUCAAUCUCAAGGAUGGCCGAUGGCUCUCUCUGGUCGUGAUUUGGUUGGUAUUGCUGAAACCGGAUCAGGAAAAACUAUGGCUUAUUGUCUACCAGCAAUUGUUCAUAUCAAUGCACAACCAUAUCUUGAACCUGGAGAUGGACCCAUAGUAUUAAUAUUAGCCCCUACACGUGAAUUGGCACUUCAGAUUCAACAAGAGUGUAGAAAAUUUGGCAAAUCAUCAAACAUCAAAAAUACUUGUGUCUAUGGUGGCGUCCCAAAAGGACCUCAGGCACGCGAGUUGUCUGAUGGUGUGGAAAUUUGUAUAGCAACUCCUGGUCGGCUAAUAGAUAUGCUUGAAACAAAAAAAACCAAUCUUAAACGUGUUACCUAUCUGGUACUUGAUGAGGCUGAUCGUAUGUUGGAUAUGGGUUUUGAACCUCAAAUUCGUAAAAUUGUUGACCAAAUCAGACCUGAUCGUCAAACGCUUAUGUGGAGUGCAACAUGGCCCAAAGAAGUUAAAAAACUUGCUGAAGAUUAUUUAAAAGAUUUUAUUCAAGUUAAUAUAGGUUCUAUGGACUUGUCAGCUGGUCGCAACAUUACACAAACUGUUGAACGUACUAUGAAUCAAAAUGAAAAUAAAACAUUAAUUUUCACUGCCACUAAACGUACAGCAGAUGAUGUUACUAAAUAUUUACGUCAAGAUGGUUGGUCAGCUCUUGCAAUUCAUGGCGAUAAGGCUCAGAAUGAACGUGAUUGGGUGUUGGGUGAAUUUCGUAGUGGUAAAUCUCCUGUAAUGGUCGCUACUGAUGUUGCUUCUAGAGGAAUCGAUGUCAAGGACAUUAAACUUGUGAUUAAUUAUGAUUUUCCUACCAAUGUUGAGGAUUAUGUUCAUCGAAUUGGUAGGACAGGAAGAGGCGGAGCAAAAGGAUUGGCAGUUUCAUUUUUCACCACUGAUAAUGCUAGACAAGCUAAAUAUUUGAUAAAUGUUUUAAGAGAAGCUAAUCAAAAAGUUGAUUCGAAGUUGUUAGAUUUAGUUAAAGUUACUGGUGGUAGCGUUAAUAAUGAAGCUAAUCAAAAAGUUGAUUCGAAGUUGUUAGAUUUAGUUAAAGUUACUGGUGGUAGCGUUAAUAAUGGUAUGUGCCACAUAAUAUGA